CAGGUGUGACAUUUCAUAUCAAGAAACAUUACAUCAAGGAGUAGUCUAUGACAAGCUGGAGAUAGAUGCAGAGAAGUCAACAGAUUUCUGUAUGUCUUAUAACUAUACCAAAAUACGGACUUCACAAGAAGACAGCUUAUGUGGCACGAGAUUAAGUUGCAGCAUCAGGGAAAAGGAAUUCCAUAAGUUCAACUGUAGUUUCUGCCUACAGAGCUUCCCUUCAAAAUACAGACUCAUAAUGCAUAUCUUCAUCCACAUUGAUGGUGUGCAGGCACCUGCAUAUGUGUGUAAGUCAUGUGGUGAGGUAUUUCCCACUGAUGGCUGCCUGAAAGAGCAUUUGAGAAUGAGUGAGGGUGACCAAGCAUUAUCUGCUGCCAACAGUGAGAAACCUGAAUGCGGUGAUGACCAUAAAAACAAUAUCUCCUUGGAGUGUGUACGAGCAGGAAUCGUGGAACAAGCUGAAAAGAAAUCUUCAUCCAAGGAAACCAAGAAAACGAAGAAAACUUUAAAGAAAUCCUUUAAUGACAUACAUAACACAGGUAAUGUUACAAAAGUUGCAGAGAAACUCGAAAGAUUUCAUGACUAUGGAACUUUAUGUACAAGUGAUAAUGCUAAUGUCCACACUGUGCUAAAUGCAAAGAGAAAUCACAAAUGUGAUGUUUGUGGUAAAUUGUUUACUCUGUUACGUAAUCUUAAGAGACAUAGCUUAAUACACUCAGCAAAGAGACCCCACAAAUGUGAUACUUGUGGCAAAUCUUUUAAUGUAUUGCGUAAUCUCAAGAACCAUGUCUUAAUCCACACUGGUAAGAGACCCUACAAAUGUAUUCUUUGUGGAAAAACAUUUAUUUUUGCUGACCGUCUCAAGGCACACGAAUUAAUACACACAGAUAAGAGACCCCACGAAUGCGAUGUUUGUGAAAAAUCGUUUACUCGGUCGGCCCAUCUCAAGAGGCAUGUAUUAAUACACACUGGUAAGAGACCCUACAAAUGCACUGUUUGUGGAAAAUCGUUUACUCAGUCUGGCAGUCUCAAGUUACACGAACUAAUACACAAAGGAAAGAGACCCCACGAAUGCGAUGUUUGUGGAAAAUCGUUUACUCAGUCGGGCCAUCUCAAGAAUCAUUUGUUAAUACACACAGGGAAGAAACCCCACGAAUGCGGUGUUUGUGGAAAAUCGUUCAUUAAUUCGAGCAAUCUCAAGGCACAUGAACUAAUACACACUGGUAAGAGACCCCACAAAUGCGGUGUUUGUGGAAAAUCGUUUACUCUGUCGAGGAAUCUUAAGGCACAUAAAUUAAUACACACAGGGACGAGAUCUCAUCAAUGCGGUGUUUGUGGAAAAUCAUUUUAUCAAUCGGGCAAUCUCAAGGCGCACGAACUAAUACACACUGGUAAGAGACCCCACGAAUGCAGUGUUUGUGGAAAAUCGUUUACUCUGUCGAGCAAUCUCAAGGUACACGAAUUUAUACACACAGGAAAGAGACCACACGAAUGUGAUGUUUGUGGAAAAUCGUUUACUAAGUCGAGCCAUAUGAAGAGGCAUAUUUUAAUACACAGUGGUACGAGACCCUACAUAUGUACUGUUUGUGGAAAAUCUUUUACUCAGUCCGGCAAUCUGAAGGUACAUGAAUUAAUACACACUGGAAAGAGACCUUACAAAUGUAGUGUUAAAGGUAAAUCGUUUCCUUAAUGGAGCAGUCUCAAGGGACAAUAAUACACGUUCAACAGCGACCACACGGAUACAAUGUUUGUGGCAAAUCGUUUUCAGAACUGGGUCAUCUGAAGGCAUAAAUUAAUACACGCAGGAAUGAUCCCCUAAAAAUGUGAUACUUGCUGCAAAUAUUUGUCUCACUCUGUUAUCUCAAUAAAUAAUAGUACACACUGGUGAAUCAUCGUACAAUUGUGGUAUUUGUGGAAAAUUGUUAAUCACUAGAGUAACCUCGAGAUACAGUUAUCACUACACAUUGACAAAAGGCUACACAGAUGUUAUUUGUAGAAAAUGUUUUACUCCGGUUUAUCAUCUUAAGAAGCAUGCAAUAAUACAUGGAGACCACUGAAAGUACUGUUGUGAUCAGUACAUGUACACAUGUUGAAAGAAGACUAUGAGUGUUAUGAAUAUUGUUCAUAUGUGCUACAGAGGGAUCACAAAAAAUGACAAAUCCAUUUUUCGCAGCUUCACAUUGGAAGAAGUUGCACGCAGAAUACAACUUAUGAAGUACAGAAUUGCAAUUUUUUGUUGUAAAUGCUCCAUGCUCUAAUGAUAUGGCUACCAAAAAUUUAUGAAUUGAGAGAUCUUUUACUCAUGAGUAGAAGUUCCAUGCAGUAAGCAGGUCCCCAUAUUCUUCAAGAGAAUGCACCAGCAUAUUGCUAAAUAUUUCAAAGAAACUGCCAUUUCAAUGUUCAUGAAGCUGUAUGCACUACCCAGGCGACAACAGAAAUAUUUUUAUUACAUAUCCAUCACUCAGGCUAUUCAUCUCAACAAUGGAGAAAGAUCCAAAAAUCUCAUGAUUAUGUAAACAUGUUACUGAGGUAUGCCUCCUUAAUGGUAAUGAUAUUUGUGUGAUCAAUAAUCUGCACACAUGCAAACUUUCUGUGCUAGUUCUCCAUUAGGAAAUAACUGAUGGUGGCAAGUAUACAAAGAUAAGGCAAAAACGAUAAUUAUCUGCCUAGUAGCGUUUUGAUUCACCUUAAGAAUGCAUCAGUGCUUCUGUGUGGUAUGGACUGAUUCUUUGUUAGUUAUCCAGCAGUAAAUUGGACUUCAUGU